ACGUCACUCUCCCGCGCCGCUUGUCCCUUUGACUCGCGUUUUAACAGAUGAGCGAGACCCUUGUUUCAAAUGUUCCUGCAGUCUUCGUAGCAAGAAGGUCAAUCGCCGCAUGCGAGUAUGUCUGAACCAUGGCUUUACCCUACCAUUUUACUAUGUAUUUAUGGAUUUUUCAGCAGCCACAGACCACUGGAACCUUUUAUAACGCCGUUUUUGAUGGGACAUGAUAAAAACCUGACGGAGACAGAGGUUGUGAGUGAGAUCUAUCCAUUCUGGACAUACUCCUACCUCGUGCUGCUUUUCCCUGUUUUCCUGGCCACAGAUUACCUUCGCUACAAACCUGUGCUCAUUGUCCAGGCGGCCAGCUUCAUAGUGACAUAUGCUUUGCUCGUGAAAGCCCAGGGUGUGAGGGCCAUGCAGUUAUUGGAGUUCUUUUUUGGUCUGGCGACUGCCACUGAAGUUGCCUACUACUCCUACAUCUACAGUGUCGUGGAGCCAUCUCAUUAUCAGAGGGUGACUGGUUUUUGCCGCAGUGUCACACUGUUGGGCUCAGCCAUUGGCUCACUCAUCGGACAGAUUCUGGUGUCUGUAGGCCAGGUGUCUCUGUUUUAUUUGAGUGUCAUCACACUGGUGUCCUCCUGCAUAGCCUUUGUUGCCCCUUGGUUCCUACCCAUGCCCAGUAAGAGCCUGUUCUUUCACCACAGAGAGAGCAGCUCUCAGGAUGAAGGAGCUCUGGAACCCAUUAACAGCAGUCAGCUGAUCGAGAAGCCAGAGGAUCCAGAGUCCAAAAUACAGCUUAGUGCAGAUAAAAGAACGACUCUCAAGGACAAUACUAGCAGUAGUGGAUUACUGGAAGUGUUAAAAAUGCUCUGGUCAGACUUCCUUGAGUGUUACUCCUGCUCUACCCUACUGGCCUGGUCAGUGUGGUGGGCUUUAUCCACAUGUGGUUACCUCCAGGUGAUUAAUUAUGCUCAAGCACUUUGGGAGAAAAUCUUGCCUUCCAAUGAUUUUGAGAUCUACAAUGGAUACGUGGAGACAAUAUCUACCUUGCUUGGCGCUCUUGCAGCAUUUGUUGUAGGCUUUGUGAAAGUGUCCUGGGCAGUGUGGGGAGAGCUUGCUCUCUGCAUUUUCUCUGUGGUAAUUGCAGUGUGUGUGUACCUCAUGGACACAAUCAGAAAUAUCUGGGUUUGCUACACUUCCUACAUGCUCUUUAGAGCUACCUACAUGCUGCUUAUCACCAUAGCAACAACAGGCCUUCUUUUAAGAGGGCAUCAAUCAAGCUGUCAUGCCCCAGAAAGGAAGUGGUCUCUGUUGGAUCGCUAUGCAGGACCUAAACAUCCACAGGUCCUCCUGGAUUGUAAAGAAUGCAGAGAAAGAUUCUUAACAAUGUUCCUACCUUCAAAAUAGCUAACAAAAGAGCUGUAAAAGGGCUGUGUCAUACUAUUUUUAUUGGUGCCAUUCCUCAGAGGCAUUUGUGACUGAGGGCUCUUGUGAAGAUGAGAGCUGGUUCCAGUUAAAAGAAAAGUACCAAUAACAUAUGUGCAUUUCUACAAGCAGGAAGAUCUUUGUAGAAUCUGACUUUGACCAAUUCCCAAUAUGUUCUGUAAAUAGUUUUUUACCGUUAGUUGUCAGCUGUUGGUUUUUUUGAAGGUCAGACAUCCAGAUAGUGUACAAUGCACUUAUGAGUAGUUGUGUUAAAUCAUACAGUUUUGAUUAGAAUGUCCAUAAAAAUGACAGCUGUUGACAUGAUUGCAUAGGGUGCUCACUGGAAUAGACCCCAGAUUUGUUUAUAAAUGCUUAACAUGGAAUUUCAGAGAACAAGAAAAAGUGUCUAUUUUCCCAAGUUACAUAAACAUUUGGAAGUGGUGUUGAUACAGCAGAGCUCUUAGAGCAUUCUGUAUUUCAUAACUUGGUCCUCAUAUUGAUAAUUUGAAUGCGGUGGUAUAUAGUCUCAACUUUCCUGCAAUAUCUCAGUAUAGUACAUUUUCAGAUGGGCUAGUUUUAUGCAACUACUGAUGUCAUGAACAAUUUAGUCCAUCUAGGACCCCAAUGUGAUUCCACUGGCUGAAAUAACUUUUAAUGGAUAUUCUGUUUAAUGCCUGAUAGAAAUCCUACAUAUUGUAUGUUGUGCUUCAAGUAAAUAUUUCAAGUCUAUGGGCUUUGGUGAUAAUGUAACAGUAUAUAGCCUACACCACUGAAUGUGAAAUGAAACAUUUCUCUUUGUCUCAUUCUUUUGGAUUUGUCUAUAGCACUAGUAAUAUGUUUACAUUUAAAAGUGCAUGUUUAUUAAAGUAUGGAAGAU